CACUGCUAUGCUUCCUGCCAUGAUGAUAAUGGACUGAACCUCUAAACCUGGAGUUGCUCAACGCCCACCAAACGUUGCAAAUAGGAGAAACCAGAACAAAGGGCACAGCUUGGGUUCCCUGUGCCAGAAGAAGCCUUCCUAACUUAUCACCAUUCAAUGCCAUGGAAGGGCGCAAAUGCUGAGAACAAUUCUCUGAACUUUCCUUAUGUCCACCAGGAAGACUUUGCCUGAAGCCCUACUCUUCUGUGACACUAUGGAUGCCACUGAGGUGUCAGCUUCUAACCUUGCUUGGAGAAGCGGAGGAGGCACACGGAACAGGAACUGCUAAGGACUCGAAGACGUUUGUGACACAGACAUCUGCUCUCAGAAAGAUUUCGGCAGCAACUAUGGCCACCUUCGUGCAGCUCAGUACCAAAGCCAAAAUGCCCAUUGUGGGUCUGGGCACCUGGAAGUCUCCCCCAAACCAAGUCAAAGAAGCUGUGAAGGCGGCUAUUGAUGCUGGGUACCGCCAUAUCGACUGCGCAUAUGCAUAUUGCAAUGAGAAUGAGGUGGGAGAAGCCAUCCAAGAAAAGAUCAAAGAAAAGGCUGUGAAGCGGGAGGACCUCUUCAUCGUCAGCAAGUUGUGGCCCACCUGCUUUGAGAAAAAACUGCUAAAGGAAGCCUUCCAGAAAACCCUCUCGGAUCUGAAGCUGGACUAUCUGGACCUCUAUCUUAUUCACUGGCCACAAGGACUUAAGCCAGGAAAGGAAUUAUUCCCCAAAGACGAUCAAGGCAAUAUCCUCACCAGUAAAACAACGUUCUUGGAAGCCUGGGAGGGCAUGGAGGAACUGGUGGACCAGGGCCUGGUGAAAGCUCUGGGCGUCUCUAACUUCAACCACUUCCAGAUUGAAAGGCUCCUGAACAAGCCUGGACUGAAACAUAAGCCUGUGACCAACCAGGUCGAGUGCCACCCUUACCUCACCCAGGAAAAACUGAUCCAGUACUGUCACUCCAAGGGCAUCGCUGUCACAGCCUACAGUCCCCUGGGCUCCCCAGACAGGCCUAGUGCCAAGCCAGAGGACCCUUCACUAUUAGAAGACCCCAAAAUUAAAGAGAUUGCCACCAAGCACAAGAAAACCUCAGCCCAGGUUCUGAUUCGGUUCCACAUCCAGAGGAAUGUGGUGGUGAUCCCAAAGUCUGUGACACCAGCACGUAUACAGGAGAACAUUCAGGUCUUUGACUUCCAGUUGAGUGAUGAGGAGAUGGCCACUAUCCUUAGCUUCAACAGAAACUGGAGGGCCUGCCUGCUGCCUGAGACAGUAAACAUGGAAGAAUACCCCUAUGAUGCAGAAUACUGAAGCUGAGUCAGCUCACGAGGGUUCCUCUCUGCUGGGGCACACCUCACUCCCAGCCUGCCUGACAUUGUGCUUUAGACAAAGCUGUGUUUAAAUCCCCAUGCUGAACCAGGGACAGACUGUUGCGAGCAACGGGGCUUCGGAGAAGCAAAUGGACAUCUCUUUCACUAAUUUAAUCUGACCAAAUGUUUUCAAAAUCCAGGAACCCUGGUAACAUUUGGGGUUAUACAGAUAAAAUAAUAAAGAAUCAUAACAUUAACAAGCGUA